UUCACCUGAAACAAAACAAAAUAGACAAAGAAAAUCCUCUCACAAUUUCUGUUUUCGUGAUUCAAUCCUAUUCUUUCUAUCCCCAGCACCAGACAACUCACAUUUCAAUUGGUUCGUGUCCAACUCCCACACAAAGGUGCCGAGUGCUGAUCCAUUUUGGCUGAGGUGUGGGGGAUGUUUCUCUGACGUUUGGGAUCAGCCAAUGACUAACAUAAUCCCGGAAGCGCCUCAGGGGGAUGGUCAAUCUCAUCCUCCGCCGCCCCCAGCUGGCGGUCCUGAUCAUGGCCCAGAUCAUCCUGAUUCUCACACUUCUCGUGGUGGCAAUACGAUUUAUAAGAGCGGGCCUCUGUUUAUAUCUUCCAAAGGAAUUGGAUGGACAUCCUGGAAGAAAAGAUGGUUUAUUCUAACUCGUACUUCACUUGUUUUCUUCAGAAGUGAUCCUAGUGCAGUUCAGAAGGGGAGUGAAGUGAAUUUGACCCUCGGUGGUAUUGACCUCAACAAUUCAGGCAGUGUGGUUGUCAAAGAAGACAAGAAACUCUUGACUGUGCUCUUUCCAGAUGGUCGUGAUGGGCGAGCCUUCACACUUAAGGCUGAAACUUUGAAGGAUCUACAUGAAUGGAAGGAAGCUUUGGAGAACGCUUUGUCACAAGCUCCAUGUGGCGCUCAUGGUGUGGGGAAAAAUGGUAUCUUGGGGAAUGAUCAGACAGAUUCCAAAGAUAGUACUUCGGAUCAGCCAAAGGAGAAACCACCUGUGAAGUCUACAAUUAUUGGGGUUCCUAUCUUGCUUGCCUUGGAAGAUGUUGAUGGAGCUCCAUGUUUUUUGGAGAAAGCCCUUAGGUUCGUAGAAGAACAUGGAGUCAAGGUAGAAGGAAUCUUGCGACAAGCUGCAGAUGUUGAUGAUGUUGAACGUCGAAUACGGGAAUAUGAGCAGGGGAAAGUUGAGUUUUCUCCUGAUGAGGAUCCGCAUGUCAUUGCUGAUUGUGUAAAGUAUGUCCUCCGGGAGUUGCCAUCUUCUCCAGUCCCUGCAUCUUGCUGCAAUGCAUUGCUUGAUUCCUUUCGCAAGUCUGGUAAUGAUCGGGGUGGUAGAAUCAAUGCCAUGCGUACGACAAUAUGUGAUACAUUCCCAGAGCCAAACCGCUGUUUAUUGCAAAGAAUUCUAUUAAUGAUGCAAACUAUUGCUUCUCACAAAGCUGUGAAUCGAAUGAGCUGCUCAGCUGUGGCAGCUUGCAUGGCUCCCUUGCUUCUUCGUCCGCUUCUAGCUGGGGAUUGUGAAAUCGAGAAUGAUUUUAGUGUGGGUGGUGACAAUUCGGUUCAGCUUUUGCAAGCAGCUGCUGCAGCUAAUCAUGCUCAAGCAAUUGUUAUAACUUUGCUGGAGGAGUAUGAUAACAUAUUUGGGGAAGGUUCCUUGUCCCUGGAACUAUACAGUGACACAGAAGAUGAUGAAACUGACUCCGAGGGGGCAACAGAAGAUGAUGAGUAUUAUGAAGAUGAUGAAACUGACUCUGGAGAAUACGAUGAUGAUGAUGUUGAAAUUGUCAGUGGGUCAUGCACUGAGAGUGAUGAAGAUGAUGAACAGCUUGACAAUAAGUUGGCACAGGAAGCUAGCAAGGUUCCUGAUGGAGGCGAUGAAAGCAAAACUCAGAAGAAGUUGUCAUCAAGAUCACUUAAACAUGUGAAGCCAGAAAUUGGUGUAAAAAGCAAUGAUACUAAACCAAAUUUAAGUGAAAAUAACUCAGCGGAGCUGGACAAUGAGUCUGUUGGAGUAAAAGAUGAUUCUACGGAAACAGGUGUUGUGCAUCAUUCAACUGGCCAUGGCCUUCCAUGCAUACAAAAAUCUUCAAGUAUAUCAAAUGGACCUGAUUAUGGGGCAAGGCAUCGCUCUAACUGGGGACGUACCGGUGCAAGAAAGAACCUUUCCAUGGAAUCCAUUGGCUUUAGUGUUGAGGAGGAGGAUGAACAGAUCCAAAGGCUAGAGAUUACAAAAGCUGAGUUAGAAGAUAGAAUUGUAGAAGAGGUUCAAGAUAAUGUAGCUCUGCGAGCAAAUCUAGAAAAGCAGAAGAAGGCCUUGUGUGAGCGUCGUCGAGCCCUCGAACUAGAUGUAGCAAGACUACAGGAACAGUUACAGAAGGAACGAGAUUUGGGAGCAGCCCUUGAAGCUGGGCUGAACAUCUCCAAGGGUCAUGUACUUAAUUUAGCCAAUGUUGAUGGAAGAAUAAGGGUAGAGCUUGAGGAAAUGGUUCAGGUAGAGGCUGAUUGUACCAAUUUGAAAAAAAAGGUUGAUGAUCUGGGUGUGCAGCUUAAUCAACAACGCGAACAAAACUAUGGCUCUAGCUCUGCAUCUGAUGCAUGCAUUUUGCCUGCACAUAGUCGGAAUCAUACUACAAAACAGCAGACGAAGGAUAAACAGAAGGAUAGUGAAGCUGUAGCGCCUUCACAUUUUGAACGGUCAAGAAGUAAGGACGGUCACCAAGAUGGCACAGAAAAUGCAAAUGAGUGGAAGAUGGAGUCAGUUGUUGCCAAACCUGGCAAAAAAGGAGGUGAGGGAAGUAGUUCAGCUUCAGGAAUAACAAAGUUGGCAUCGCGACUAAACUUUUUGAAGGAGCGGCGUGGCCAAUAUACUGAAAAUCAUGGUAGAAAUAACGGUCAAUCGGUCUCAGAAACUUCGGAAAAGGGCCAAAAGUCAGAAAAACUUAGAAAGGCAGAGAGUCAUUCUGAGCAUAGAGGUAAGCAGUCAGAAGCACAACAACAGCAUAUUCUGGACAGAGGGAAAUCAGAAAGCCAUCUGUCUGUUGAAGUGGACAAAGGUCUAGUCAUGGACAGUAAUAGUUUCACUAAUUUUAACAGUAGUAAACUUUUCCCUUCCCCAAGGAAUGAAACCAGAUGAUAGCAGGUUAAUAUGAUUUAUUAAGGGCCAAGACGGUUAGCUUCCCGUACAUGGCAUCUUAUUAAUUUUUAGAAGACAAUGCUGGAAAUGGAAUUGGACAUUGGUGCAUGUUGGUGAGGAGGUUCAUUGAUAUAAGAAUCCUUAGAAAUAGCUGAUUUAAUUUGAUGCCGGUACAAAUGUAGCUGCUUCAGUCAAUGGACCUCCAUUCCUAAUCCUCAGAAUGUACAGAAAGCAUUUUCUUGAUGACGCUGGAUUAUUAGUAAUCUGACUGCUGAUUUCUGCUGGCACGAAGUGACGCAGCGGAGCUGAUUAGUGCUUGCAUCUGUUGUAUGCAUGAUAAAUUUCUUAUUUUGGUUCUGGUUUCUUAGGGUAAGCUGAGAUCUUAGCAGACAUCAUUUAACGUUGUGAAUGUGCCAAAACAUUCCUUAACAGUGUCAACUAACAGUCUUUAUUUCAAAUGUUUGAAGAAGUAACACUUUUGUUUGGACAAUUAGAACGGAGAAUGUUUGUCUAAUU